AUGUUAAAUAGCGCAUUGUUUUAUUCUCACAGAUCACUCCAGUGUCAUCGAACCAGCAUCCAUAAAAACUUGAUUGCGUCUUUUAUACUCCGAUUUCUGAUCGUGUUCACAAUACUGGAACCUCUGGUGCUAAAACACAACUUGUGGUUUAAAUCUGCAAAAUGGCUGUGUCGGGCUUUUGUCACAUUGCAACAGCUCAGCUACGUGGCCAACUUCUAUUGGAUGUUGGUCGAGGGUCUGUACCUUCACCUGAUCCUUGUCAUGAGGCCACUUAGUCACGAGAAAGCCCCGUUCAUGUUGUUCUACUUAAUUGGUUGGGUGAUUCCCCUCCUGGUCGCUGUUGUUUGGGCUGCUGUGAUGCACUUCAAGCACGACAACAGCUGUUGGAAUCAAAACAGCCGUGUGUCUUACAUUUUCAUCAUAUACGUGCCCAUUAUGCUUGCUCUGUUGGUGAAUUUAAUAAUUCUAAUGAACCUAGUCAGGAUAAUAAUUAUCAAGUUAUGUACUGGGCAUUCAACAGAACAGAGACGUAUAUG